GCCGAGUGCGCGGCGGGUCACGUGGUGCGUGUGUCGAAGGUCACGGCGCGCGCACAAUGGAGCUCUCCGAGUAUGUGCAGCGCGGCUUGCAGACGCUGGCGGACCCCGGCGCCUUCCCCUCUGGCGCCUUCCCGCUGCUGCUCCGGGCGGCCUUCCGGAGUCUGCUGGACGCCCCGGCGGCCCAGGCCGCUCUAGAUCACCCAGACUUGAAGCAUAUCGACCCAGUGGUUUUAAAACACUGUCAUGCAGCAGUUGCAACAUACAUACUGGAGGCAGGAAAGCACGGCGUCGACGCGGCUGCUCUAAGCUCUCACCUAGAAGACUGUAAAUUUGACCAGGAGAGAAUAGAACUGUUUUGCACGGAAUAUCAGAAUAAUAAGAAUUCCCUGGAAAUCCUACUGGGAAGUAUAGGCAGAUCUCUCCCUCAUAUAACUGAUGUUUCUUGGCGCUUGGAAUAUCAGAUAAAGACCAAUCAACUUCAUAAGAUGUACAGACCUUCAUAUUUGUUAACCUUAAAUGUAGAGAGCAAUGAUUCCCAGCCCUACUCAGAGAUUAGUUUUAGUUGCAGCAUGGAACAAUUGCAGGACUUGGUGGGGAAACUUAAAGAUGCAUCGAAAAGCCUGGAAAGAGCCACCCAGUUGUGAGCAGGGCAGACGGAGGAUGGAGGAGCCCGAGGGAAGUCAGGACCACCAUGCCCCGCCGGACCCCAUUCGCGGAGCUGAACGUCCCCUUGCGGGCGCACACGCGCCACCCCGGCCUGUUCCCGUGCAUCGGCUCCCACACAUUUUUUUAUGCACGUGAAAGGGUUAAGCGGGAAAGUGCCCGCGCGGGUGGGUGUAUAUCGUCUUCCAUUCGGUCUUCCCCACGCCUUUGCGAGCUGUCCCCGAAUAAACACGGUGGUCCAAGAA